AUGGAGUCCGAAACGCUGGAGCAGAUGCAGACGCGGCACCGCAAGGAGCAGCGCGACCUCGUGGGCCGCAUCACGAGCAAGAAGAAGAACGCGACCAAGAAGACGCGCAAGGGCGUGAAUGACGAGUGCGCUGAACUGGAGAGGCAGUUGAAGGCGAAGCACGAGGAGGAGGUGGCCGGGUUGUCUGGCGGCGGUGGUGCUGCUGCCGAGAAGGAAGUCCAAGACAACGACGACGACGGCGACGACGGUACGAGGGACGAGACUGCCGAGGUUGCGGAGAAGUUGAGGGGCACUACCAUUUCCGAAUCCGAAACGCCGGUAGAAGAAGAGAAGGAACAGACACAGGCACAAGGGCAAGGGCAACAAGGAAAGAAGCGCAACAGACAAAAGGAGCGCCUGGCGCGGCGGGCGGCCGAGAUAGAGGCCGCGGCGGAGAAGGCGCAGGAGGAGGCGAGUGGCAUGACGGACCACCGGGGCAUCGAGAAGACGUACAUGCUCAAGGAGUUCAAGGCCAACGGGCUCGAGGAGAAGGAGAUUGCGCCUGACGGGCACUGUUUGUUUUCUGCUGUGGCGGAUCAGUUACGGCAGCAGGGGAUUCCGCUCGCCGCUGGUGGUGCUGCUGCUGCUGAAGAAGCAAGUAGUGGUGGUGACCCGACGCAGAAGCUCCCGUACAAGGUAGUGAGGAGGGCGGCGGCGGAGUACAUGACGGCCCACCCGGACGAUUUUGCGCCGUUCCUGGAGGAAGGGUUGGAGGGGUACGUGAGGCGGAUCCGGGAUACGGCGGAGUGGGGUGGACAGCUUGAGCUUGCGGCGCUGGCGAGCGUGUAUGGGGUUGAGAUUCGGGUUGUGCAGGAUGGGAGGACGGAGAGGAUUGGGCCGGCGGCGGGUGGUGGAGGUGGUGUUGAUGAUGAUAAGAAGGAGAUUUGGUUGGCGUAUUAUCGGCAUGGGUAUGGGCUUGGUGAGCAUUAUAACUCUUUGCGGAAGACAACGGCGUGA